CUCUCGCCAGAGUUGACAGCAAUUGACACUAUUGACAGCUGACAGCGUGUUCGGGUCGUUUGAAGCACGAAGAAAAGCAUUGAGAGGUUCCCAACGAGCGAACAACAAGUGCGAUUAUUGAGGAACACGAAACUACGUUCCUCGAAUGACAGAGGAAAGCGAAGUCUGUGAGAUUCGAUACGAAAGGAAGAAAGGAGGUAAAGGGUAGUAUUUCGUUUUCGACGGAUAUAGUUGAAGGAAGAAAGAGAGGAAUGAUCCUCGAGCAUGUAGCACGUGGAUCUAAUCUGUUUUAACGUACAAAGAAUACAAAGCGAGCCAAGGUGAUCAAUGCGAGUGAAUCGUACAAUGUAUGGAAGCUGACGGAAAGAGGGGAAUUCAAAACAUUCGGAGUUGCAUGAGGAUCCGUAGGGGAACCUGGAGAGCUCUCUCGAGGAAAGCAGAGUGACACCAUGAAUGUCCUCGCGCGCUGUCCCGGAUUGUAUUGCGGCAGGGAGCUGCUGUCGGAUGGGAAUUGGAGCGAUUGCGGCGCUUGUCCGCGCGGCUUCCGCACCAACGCCUCGUCGGCGUGCGAGCCCUGCGAGGAUGCGCCCAUGUUCUACGACUGGCUCUACCUAGGCUUCAUGGCCCUCCUGGCCCUGGUGUUGCACUGGUUCUGCAUCGACAUGGUUGCCAUGCGUCGUAAUAUACCCAAGGAGGUGAUCGCCCUUCACCUGUCUGCCUUGUUCGAGGUGGUCCUGGCAUGCCUUAUAGUCCUGCAGCUGACGGAUCCCAUCGGGACGUUCAACGUCAAGUCGUGCAAGGCGAACAAAUUGUCGGACUGGUACACCCUGCUGCAUAAUCCGAAUCCGAAUUACGAAGCGACCUUACACUGCACGCAAGAGGCAGUUUAUCCGUUAUACACCAUGGUUUUCGUCUUCUACGCCUUAGGAAUAGUCCUCAUGCUAUUGAUAAGGCCACUAAUAGCCAGGAAAUUUUUGCCGAAACAGGGCAAGUUCUCUAUUUACGCAGCGUUGUACUUCUAUCCAAUCCUCGCGUUGCUCCACGCCGUGGGAGGAGGUCUAAUAUGUAUGUCCUCCGUCUCGGAUAUAAAAAACGUGAUAGUAAUUUUGGGCCAUUGGUUGCUGCACGGAUACGGCGUGAUAGCGGUCGCGACUCUUCGCGGAAUCAGCAUUCAUCCCGCGAUGUUAGCCCUAGUUGUGUUACCCGCUCUGUUUUACAUUAUAACGGCGAGAUUCACCGAUCCACACAAGCUCCAUAUCGAAUAAAUCUUCCAAGCCAGAGUUCGGCGAGAAAUGAACUUUUGGACCGAUUUUCCGCUGGCUCCGCCUAAAGCUCGGCCUAGCUGCGCGCGGGACGACGAGGCAAGGGAAAUAGUGUUAGGCGGAGCCAGCUGAAAAUCGGCCGAAAGCGACAAGUUCUUGCCGAGCUCUGUUCCAAAAGCAAAUCUCAUGUAUAUACUAUUUCCCAUAUCUAAGGAUUAACAUACUUAGGCUGUGUAUUUAUUAUGUAAUAAAAACAAAAUCUUGCGCGCACAUGUGGGUGAAAGCACACAUCGUGGGAUUCUUUUAAUAAAGAUUUUCGUUCAAUA